GAAAUGCCACAGCACCUCCAAUAAGUAAACAAAUGAAAGUAUCAUACUUCACAUUGCAAAAAUGAUAGAACAUGUAGGAAAACGUUUGAUCAGGCCUGCCCUCUUUAUCUGCGACAUCCAAGAAAAGUUUCGCAAGGCGAUAUGGGAAUAUGAGAAAGUCAUCGCGACAACUCAAAAGAUGAUCAAAGCAAGUGAUGUGCUUCAUAUUCCCAUCUAUGCCACCACACAGAAUCGCGCACGACUAGGCGAAACGUGCGCUGAGCUUAACAUCCCCAAUGCUGUUGAGCAUGCAGACAAAACGGCUUUUAGCAUGUGGAUUCCAUCCAUUUCUCGACAUUUCCAUUCUGCCACUCCAGCUGAAGUGAUUAUUGUGGGCAUUGAAUCGCACAUCUGCGUUACACAAACGACAUUGGAUUUGCUAGCCCACGGGCACAAAGUAUAUGUAUUAGCCGACGGAGUGAGUAGCUGUAACCCGCAAGAGAUACCUAUAGCUCUUGAUCGGCUGAGGGCUGCUGGUGCUAUUGUGACAACCUCGGAGUCGAUCAUAUAUGAGAUUAUGGGUGAUGCUAGGUAUGUCCCCUUUUCUAUUUCUUAUCAUAUCAUACAGUUAGUCAAGCUAACACUUUCAGCAUUCCCGAGUAAGUAAUAUAACCUAUUCUUCGGACUGUGAUGUGAUCAUUCGAUUUUAUUAAUGCCUCUUUCUGUAGGUUCAAAGCAAUUGCUACUCUCGUGAAGGAAUCUUCAGCGAGUACAAAGGAUGUCAUGAGUACUCUUCUUAGUAAGAUGUGAAAAGGGUAUAUCAAGAGAUUGCAAACAUAGUAUCAAAAUUUUAAUUUUAAUUAUCUGAACA